CAAACGCCUCAGGCGCUGCCAUGCAAGAAGAACUAAGAUCCACGGAAGGCGGGAUGUAACCGAACCAACCAUCUCAGCCCAAAGCCCGAUGUCUGGAUUCUCGGGUCUGUUUGCGUGUCUGUUUGUCAGUCGGGCUGUCAGUCUCUCAUCGGAGGUUCAGAAGAGUAAUAUGAUAGUUCGCACUGACACACACACCCACACACCCAUCGGCACACCCACCAGCUCUGCACUCUGCAGCGAGGGGUGGGGGUCGUUUCUCAAAGUUUUUACCCGGUGGCUUUGGUGAAAAUGACAAUUGAGCUGAAUCAAGCAAAAGGAAAAAGAAAAGAAAAAAGUAAUGCAGAAUCGAACCACAAACCCGGGAUUGCGAUCCUAGGUAAAGAAAAAAAAGCACAGUGUCAUGACGUUGGCGCCUGGCCGUCCUCUCACAAUCAUUUCCCUUCUUUUGGAGCAAGACACCGGAGGCGCCCGGUGCGCCAAGAGUUUGCCCUGCCCUGCCUUGUCGGUGACCGGCCGUUUGGGGCGGCACCCACGACGAAGUGGGGAAAAUGCCGUCCAAACCGGACCGGGAAACCCUCUCCUUGCGUAAUUCGUCCCCUUGCCUUGGUCCUCCCGACUCCGACCCCGCCCCCCUCCCUCUCGACCCUCUCUCUGCCCUUGAACGUGAGCUGCAAAGGAAAAGCAAGGAGCGCGCAAAGGAAAUAUUCGGACGACCUACGCUCACCCCCUUCCCUCCCUCCCUUCUCGAACAUUUUCUCUUCUAGUUCCCGGCUUCCCGCUCUUGUGUCAUGUCAUGUAGGUACGGGCUGGACGGCACCUGGCCUUUUCAUCAGGCCCGCAUGCAAGGUGUCCGACUUUGACGCAUUGUUGGGGAAAUUUUUGCGUCGCUCGUGACAUGCUGCAGCAUGUAUUUGCAAGCCUGCGUCAGGUCAGGCAGGCUGGGUCUGUCCCCUCUCGCGCUCAGCGAACCUUGUUGAUUUCUUUGGCAGCCUGGGCAAGCUCGUAAAGUGGCGGUGUAAAAUCGCAAUGGUGGUGCAUGACAACUUGGAAAGGAAAGGCGAAAAAAAAGGUCCAAGGCCAAGGCAUGUAGGUAGAGGAACUUGUCAGACGUCCGUAUAGAUGGCGCAAUGUAAUUCGCUGAGCAAACGAGGGAAAA